AUGGGGCUUCUCAUUUUAGCUUUAUCACUCCUCCUUCUAAACCCCACCCAUGCAUCUCCUUCCAAGAAGGGGCUCACCCUGGAGCUCAUCCACAGGGACUCCAUCCGCUCUCCGCGCUACUCGGAAAAUCUAAACCACCACGCUGGGCGAUUCCGGCGUCUCCUCGCGCUCUCCGAAUCCCGCCUGCAGCGGAUGACCUCCGAUCGGUUGCGCGGGGCGGGCCUUGGUCCGAUGGUCGAGAGCGAGGGCGAGGGGACGCACAUGGUGAAGGUCGGGAUCGGGAGCCCGGCCGUCGACCUUUACCUCUUCUUCGACACCGCUGGCAGCAUCACGUGGACGCAGUGCGUGCCGUGCGAUCCUUGCUUCCCGCAGCCGCCGCCGAUUUACGAUCCCGCCAAGUCCGCAUCAUACCGUGCUGUUGCAUGCGGCCACCCUCUGUGCGCGCAUAACGCGUGCGAGGAUGGCAAGUGCAAGUAUGAAAUAAGGUACGGACACCGCACUUUCACUAACGGGACCCUCGCGGAAGAGCAAUUCGCUUUCACGUCGUCGCGCUCUGGCGCGACAGAGAGGAUCGGAGGCCUCGUCUUCGGCUGUUCGAACAAAACCAGCCGGCGCAUGUUUGACGUGCCGCAUUUGAAGGCCGCCGGAAUCCUCGCUUUAGACAGAUCGCCGACUUCCUUUGCGACCCAAAUGUCCGACCGCAUCGGCGGCCGCUUCUCCUACUGCAUCCCCCCGCCCCACGCCCCGGCGGGCACCGGCUACCUCCGUUUCGGCGACGACAUCGGCGACACCCGCAACAUGCAAAGCACAUCAUUCGUGCGCAACGGAGCAAGUUUGCUACCGCACUACUACUUGAAACUCAACGACAUAAGCAUAGCCGACGAACGGUUAAACCUCCCGGCAGGAACCUUCGACAUCAAAUCUGACGGCUCGGGGGGGUGCGUCAUCGACUCCGGCUCGGCGUACACGCUUCUAUCCGAUGCCGCGUUCGUGCCGGUGAAGUCGGCGAUCGAGAAACACAUUGCGAGGACGUCGAAGAUGACGCCGGUCGACGCGAAGGCGUACGGGAUCGCGAGCAAUACUACUCUGUGCUACAACAACCCCGGGACCGAAGGACUCAGGAACUACCCGGCGAUGACGCUCCACUUCGAGGGGGCCGAUCUCCGGGUCGACACCGCGAACUUGUUCGAAGCCGUGCCGGAGUGUGGCUUGGUGUGCUUCACGGUGGCGCCGGCGAGUAUGACGUUGCUCGGGACCAAUUUGCAGCGUAAUGUGAAGUUUGUGUUUGAUGUGAGGAAGGGGGAGCUUGAGUUUGCUCCCGGAAAGUGUGGUGGAGUGUGA